GGGGCGGGUCCUCCGGGCCGCCAGGGGGCGCGGCGGCGCGGCGCUGAGGCGGUGUCAUGGCGGCGCGCUGAGGGAUGAUGGCGGCGCGCUGAGGGCUGCGGCGCGAUCAUGGCGCAGCCGCCGCCGUUCCCCGCCCGCCUCCCGCCGCCCUUCCGCGCCUUCCCGCCGCCCUUCCCCGGCCCCGCCGUCCGCCCGGCGCCCUUCGCGGUAGGACCAGCGGCACCCCCGCCUUUCUUCUUGCCGCCGCCGCCUGCGGCUGAGGGGGGAGCGCGCUUCCCGCCGGGCGUCCCUUACAUAGCGGCGGCGCCGCCGCGGGCAGCGGCCGAGGAGGAGGCGGUGCAGCGGCAGCAGGAUGAGCUGUGGCUGUCGCAGUUCCUGGGCCGCCGCCGCGCCGCUCCCCCGCCGCCGCCGCCCGCCGCCGCCAGCCCCAGCAGCGCCCGGGCCGUGGCGGCGGCGGCGCUGGGGCGGGUGGCGCGGCUGGCCGCGCUCUGCCGGGCCCUGCGGCGCAGCGAGAGCCAGCGCGACCAGCCGGGCUGGGCCCGGGCGCGGGACGAGGCGGAGGCGGCGCUGCGGGAGCUGCGCGAGGUGGUGAGGCCGCUGCGGGAGCCCGGGUACGGCGAGGCGCUGCGCAGGAAGGCCGAGAGGGCGAGGAAGAGGAGGCUGCGCCUGCAGCGGAGGAAGCACGAAGCCAGGGCGGCCAAGGAGGAGGAGGCGGCCCGGGCCGCCGAGCGGGAGGCCAAGAUCGACCAGUGGCGGGCUAAGUGCAUCCAGGAGGUGGAAGAAAAGAACCGGGAGCAAGAGCUGAAGGCUGCUGCUGACAGUGUGCUGUCCGAGGUCCGGAAGAAACAAGCAGAUACCAAGAGGAUGACAGACGUCCUGCGCGGGCUGGAAAAGCUUCGGAAACUGAGGAAAGAAGCUGCUGCCAGGAAAGGUGUUUGUCCACCUCCUUCAGCAGAUGAAGCAUUUGAAAACCAGGUGGAGAGUCUCAAAACGUUGCUCAAAACUCGCACAGAACUGUAUGAAGCUGAGGAAAGAGCAUUAAGGGUUAUGCUGGAGGGAGAACAGGAGGAGGAAAGGAAGAGGGAAAUGGAAAAGAAACAGAAGAAGGAAAGGGAAAAACUACUACAGCAGAAACUGGAAAUGGAUUCUAAGCUGUUUGGGGAUCCAGCUGAAUUCCCACUUGCCCAUCUACUGCAGCCUUUCAGAGACUACUACUUACAAGCUGAACAUUCUGUAGCAGCUCUAAUCCAGAUCAGGCACGAAUGGGAUCAGUACUUGGUGCCAGCUGACCACCCCGAAGGAAGCUGCAUCCCUCCAGGAUGGGUUCUGCCAAGCCUCCCCACCAAUGACACUUGGGCCACUGCUGUCAGAUAAUCUAGCAAUAAAUUAUUUCAGCCUUGGA